UCUUCCUUUAUGUAUCAGAUCUUUGCUUUUCUGGAGAUAAAUGAUUCUGUGCUUGUGAGAUUCACCUACAGCCUCUUCAUGAAGUUCAGCCUCUAAGAGUGAAAGCAGCAUUGUAGAAGUGGGAGAUUCUUUGCCCUGUUUGAAACUGCGCUGGAGUAGAAAGAUAAAAUGGAUGUUCAAAGGCCAGCAGGGGUGGGAGCAGCAAAAGGCCCUCUUGCCUUUGAGGCUGGGACCAGUAGGGGGUUCUGGAAAAGCACCAGGCAGAAGAUCCUACCUGAGGAAGCCAUCAGCUCUGAUGUUCAUCAUUUGCUGUUCAGGAAUUUCUGCUAUCAGGAAGCCAAGGGACCCAGAGAGGUUUGCAGCCAACUCCACCAGCUUUGCCAUCAGUGGCUGAAACCAGAAAGCAGCACAAAAGCUCAGAUAGUGGACCUGGUGGUCUUGGAGGAGUUUCUGGCUGUCCUGCCCCCAGAGAUGGAGAGCUGGGUCAGGGAAUGUGGAGCAAAGACUUGUUCCCAGGCGGUAGCCCUGGCUGAAGGCUUUCUCCUGAGUCAGGCAACGGAUGAGGGGCUGGGAGUGAAGCAGGUACCAGAAAUGUGGACGGAGGUGGUCGCAGCACAUCCCAAAGAAAGGGCUGAUGUGUCCACUCAGGAGCAGCUCUUUGGGAAGAUCUCUGAGGAGGAACCGACUCAGGUCACCUCACCACGGAAUGGAAAGGUGUCUGUGGUAACCCAUGAAACAUCUCCUUUUUGUGAUGGAGCAGAAACAGCAUCUGUAUCUCCAUCCCAGGGCUCGGUGUCCUUUGAGGAGGUGGCUGUGUAUUUCAUGGAGGAGGAGUGGGAGAUUCUGGAUUCCAGCCAAAAAGCUUUGCACAAGGAAGUCAUGCUGGAGAAUUCUCAAAAUGUGACAGCUCUGACAGCCUGUGUACAGGAGAAAGAGAAUUUUAAGGAGCACAGUCUACCACUGUUGCAAACAGCUCAAUAUGAAGUGGAUAAAGAGAAGUUUGGAAAUCAAGAGGAACCAAAAAGGAAUGAGAAAACCUGUGAAAUAGAUGGCAUGCAGAAGGCAUUUCCAUCUGGAGGCACUGAAGCCCAUGUCAUCCCAAGCAAGGAGUGUGGAGAGGGCUUUGGUGAGAGUAGUGACCUUAUGAAGCAUGAAAUAAUCCACAGUGGGCAGAAGCCAUAUGUAUGCAUGGAGUGUGGAAAAAGCUUCUGUCAGAGAGGUCAGUUUAGGAUACAUGAAAGAAUCCACACAGGGGAGAGACCAUUUAAGUGUACAGAGUGUGGAAAAGGCUUUAGUGUGAGAGGUCAUCUUACAAAUCAUGAAAGAAUCCACACAGGGGAGAAGCCCUUUAAAUGUAUGGACUGUGGAAAGAGCUUCAGUCACAACAGUGCACUUUCUCGUCAUGAAAGAGCCCACACUGGGGAGAAACCCUUUAAGUGCAUGGACUGUGGAAAGAGCUUCUGUCAUGGAGGUAAACUUAGGAUACAUGAAAGAAUCCACACAGGGGAAAAACCAUUUAAAUGUAUGGAGUGUGGAAAGGGCUUUAGUAUGACAGGUCACCUUGCAAAUCAUGAAAGAAUCCACACAGGAGAAAAGCCCUUUAAAUGCCCGGACUGUGGCAAGCGCUUCAAUCAGAAUAGCAGCCUUAUGACACAUAAAAGAAUUCACACGGGGGAGAAGCCAUAUCAUUGUCUGGAGUGUGGUAAGAGCUUUAGUCACAACAGUGCCCUUACUCGUCACGAAAGAACCCACACUGGGGAGAAACCUUUUGAAUGCACUGACUGUGGAAAGAGCUUCAGUCAGAAUAGCAGCCUUAUGACACACAAAAGAAUUCAUACAGGGGAGAAGCCAUAUCGUUGUCUGGAGUGUGGUAAGAGCUUUAGUCACAACAGUGCCCUUACUCGUCACGAAAGAACCCACACUGGAGAGAAACCUUUUGAAUGCCCGGACUGUGGAAAGAGCUUCAGUCAGAAUAGCAGCCUUAUGACACACAAAAGAAUUCACACGGGGGAGAAGCCAUAUCAGUGUCUGGAGUGUGGAAAGAGCUUCUGCCAGAGUGGCCAAUUUAUGAUGCAUAAAAGAAUCCACACAGGAUAGAAACUAAAUUAAUGGCGUGUGCAUAGAGCUUUGGUCAGGUAGUAAUUAUGAAACAAAACACAAGAGAAGCCAUCUGAAUACUUGGAGUGCAGAAAGAUUAAGUGGGAAUCUGCAUAAAACGAACCAUGCAAGGGAGAAAUACUUAAAUGGGUGAUAUGUGAUGUUACUACAAAUUAGGUGAUCAGUGUAAUCAUAAAUGUAUGGAGUGAGGAAAGAGUUUUAAAAGGACUAGUCAUUUUACAUUCCUUAAAAGGAGCCAGUUUGGACAAACCAUGUAAAAGUGUGGCACGUGGAAAGAGGAGUGAUUGAAAAUUCAUUGGGAACAUGAGAAAAUGACCACGUUCAAAAUGGGGUGGUCAAAAUAUUUGUUCUGACCUCUUCACCCAGCACAUUAAACUAUUAGGAUUAGACUUCGCAUGUUGCCAGUCUGAGAAGAGGUGAAGUUCUUUUUAAGGGUAAUAACCUCAAGUGUAAUUUGGAAGCAUAGUUUGUUCUAGCUUCCCUUCCCUUAGCCAUGGCUCUGCACGUUCUUUAAGUGAAUUAACUCAUGGCUAACUAUUCCUUCUGGCCUCCAAAUACAGAACCAAGACUGUUUAAAACCUUUUAAACAUUCAGGGAUUCUGUAAGGUUGCUGUCUGAUGAGUUGAGCUUCCCCGGUAUCUAUACAAUGUUCUGGUUAAACCCAGUUCAGAGGUGAAUAUUUCUGGAAGUUCAUCCAGCACCUUUUUUAUUUAUUCUUGUUGGGUCUGGGUCAAUUCAGAUUCAUGUGGAUUUUUCCCCAUGAGGAUUG